AUGUCGUUACUCUAAAAAUUUACAAGUCUGUUUAAAUCAAAGGAUGAUGUUUAAUCCACUCUUUAAAAGCUCUUGAAACCUACAACAACGAAUGAGCUCCAAGUGGCAAUCAAAGGUUUCAAUUAACUACUGUGCAAUCAACCAGUGGCAAUUUUUACAAUGUUAAGAUAGCGGGAAGCACUUGUGACUAUGGAUCCAAAACCAGAACACUUAUUAAAUUUAUUGUUAGUAAUUCAUUCAAACAUUUCAAAUGAUGACAUUUGUGACUAGUUAAGAUAAGUUCCAAUUUAUUGGUUAGAUAGAUUGAUGACCGAAAAUAGAGAAAGUUUCAUUUAAAUUGAGAGGAUGAUUACUGAACAAUCCACAAAUAGUUAUUUACCUUAAUAAUAAUAAUCAUAGUAUAUUUAAUAACAAUAAAAUUAAACUAAAGUAGAAAAAAUAGAAGAUAAAAGAAAAGCAAGAAUUGAAAUGAAUCAAAAAUUGUAAAAUCCAAUUAUCAAUACUGAGGCUGCUAAUAAUGCAGAUUCUCAUAAUUUGAAACCAAAAAUGUUUUGUAUUAUUUAUUAUUCAUUUCUCUAAAAGUUAUCGAUCAAUUAAUAGAUUUAUUAAAGUAGUAGAAAAUUACAAUAUCCAGAGGAUGAGUAGGAUUUCAUUUGGAUAUAUAAGAUAUAGAAUGUAAUGUAAAUGGGAUUAAAAUUAUUAUAAUGUCCAUAAAAAUUGUAUAGACCUUAUUAAUUAUUGAUUUAUUAGGAUCUCUUUUAUUUCUAAUCCUUUUUAAAGUAAGAAUUAGAGGUACUUAUAUUAAAAGAGAAUAAUUUACAUAUCUAUGAAGCCUUUUGUGAGUAUUAAAGAGCAAAAUAGAUAAUGGAGACCUUUGAACCUAGAUAUGAAUUUAAAUUGAAAAUCAAUAGCUCAGUCAUAGAUGAAUAUCAAAGAAAUGCAAUUAAAUAGAAAGUGAAAUCCCAAUUUGAAGAAGAUUAAAAAAGAAAGAAAUAAUUAAUAAAGGAGAAUUAAGAGAAUAUUGAUUAACUAAAUUUCUAAGAUUUUGAUUGUAAUCAUGAUUUUGAGAGAGAAAUAAUAAUGAGAAAAUUCUUCGAUAAAGGAUAAUCAAAUCAGAUGAGUUUGGAUGAAAUCUCAUUAUAGUUAAAAAUCAUAAACUUAUGA